AAUAAACAGAACAGAUUUACACCACUGUAACCUGUUACAAUAGUUAUCUUCCAACUACCGUUCGUAAAAUGGCAUGUAGGUUUACACAUUAAUGGAUUAAAAAACAAACACGCGAGUUGUUAGUGAAAAUAAAAAUCCGUACUUUAUAUAUCAUAUUUUUUGGAUAUGAUUCGCGCUUAAAAUAUUUAAUUAAGUUAUAAAUUGUUAUUGUUGUUGUAGAGCGGGGUUUGUGUCUGACUUCACGUGAUAAGUAUCUAUCUAUGGGAAUCCAGCAGCGACACAAGACAAGCGCACACACAAACCGCAACAGAGGAAGUAACCAUGGCGUUAACCACUGCAUACCCUUAAAUCGCGUCGAUCAGUAUGUUUCUACUCACUACCUGACUAUUGUGUGUGGUGCUUUGAAUUCAGUAGUUAUUAAAUGAUAACGGAUAUUGAUCGACGAGCUCGCUAGCCGCUAACUCAUUGAAUGUCGACGAGCGAGACGCGGCUAAGCUGAAGCUGCGGGUCCGACGACACAAGAUGACACGACGUCAAAUCAACAGCUAAAUAACUCUCUACCCCUGAAUAAAAGACAACGACAGUCGAUUGAAUACGAGCUACCGAUCUGGACUAGUGCAACUAGCGGGGAUACUGAAAGGUUGUAGCAGGUUAGCUGGGCCAGAUCAAACAUUUAGCGGUUUGUUUAGGUCGUUAGCAAGCGGUUAAAAUGGCCACAGGUUUUAGUUUCCCCCCUGGAGGAAGCGGGUCAAGAAAUGGACCUUCUUUCCCAGCAUCAUCCUCGUCUUCCUCCUCUGGAGUACCAGGACAGGCUCAGCCGAUGGUGGCGGUUUGGGAAUGGCAGGAUGAUCAGGGUUUCUGGAGGCCCUACACAGGACAGGUGAGCUGCUAUGUCGAGCGAUGUCUCCAGCAGCAGCAGCAGCAGCAGCAGCAGCAGCAUCACCACAGAGGAGCCUCUGCAGCCGGCAGCAGCAUCUCUCUGGGACAGGCAGACCCCAGCCUGGCCUCGUACAUCAUAGACAUACCCAAUCUCCAGCAGUUUAGACAGGACACAGGAAAGAUGCGCUCCGUCCGACGUAGCCUGUUCCCACAGUCCUCUGCACUGGGCAGUGGUUUUCUUUGGGAGUGGGCCAACGAUGAGGGAGGAUGGACGGCGUACGAGAUACGAACCUCCAUAUUACUGGAGCACAGCUACCAAGCGGGGCAGGCCACAGCCGACCUGAGUUCGCACGGCUAUAAUUACAUCGUAGACCUCACCGCUCUAGAGCAGGUCAACAAGGCCACCAGCUACAGGCGGCGUGUCAGACGGCAGGGCAACGUGCCGUACCCCCUCGCUUCUGGGUCGGUUAUUCAUUCCGGCCCGGCAUGCACCUGUCACCAGUGCAUGACCAAUAGCAGCACCACCGGACCGAUGCCGAGCCGAUCGCGGCACUCCUUCUCUGCCGGCCAGACCAACCGGCCCAGCCUCCAGGUUCAACACGGAAGACCUCCCGGAAGCAGCCCUUCGGUUUAUUCGCCCUACCCGAGGAGACCUCUAUCGGUGGGAAAUCUGUUAUGGAACGGUCCGUGGCCCUCCUCGUCCUCCAUGCCUCAUGCUUCAGGACCCUCGCAGGGUUUUGGUCAUCAUUCAAAUGGCUUAAGUGUUUCGACGGUUCCUCUGCAGCUGAACGGAUCCAGCAGCAUGAGCGCGGCCCUGGCAGGUACGGCAUUCAUCCGUGUCAUGAAAAGUCUCUGUCUAUCUGCAUUAGCCAACCGGCUUUCUUCCUUAUUUCAGAAAGGCAUGGCUUCCAUUUUGAUGUCAGCCGCAGGACUGGGAGUUCGCUUCAUGACCGCCCCCUUCUCCCAGCGUGGCUCCGGCAAUCCCACCACAGCCCAGCCCAGCUCGGUUAAGAGGGCAAAGAGGCAGUCCAGGACAGCCCCCUUUCAGAAACCAGAAGAAGUCAUUAAGAAAUAUAUGGAGGAAGUGUCUGUCGUCCCAGAUGAGGACUGUAUUAUCUGUAUGGAGCGCCUGGCCUGCCCGUCUGGUUAUGAAAUGCCUGCCGAAUGCUCUCAGUCUCUUCAGCCCAACACCGUGGGAAAACUUAUGAAGUGUGCUCACACUUUCCACAUGCUUUGCAUGCUGGCCAUGUACAACAAUGGAACCAAGGAUGGAAGUCUGCAGUGCCCCUCGUGCAAGACAAUCUAUGGAGAAAAGACCGGCACCCAACCGAAGGGCAAGAUGGAAAUCUACAGUAUACCUCAGUCUUUACCGGGACACCCAGACUGCGGCACUAUUCAAAUCAUUUACAACAUCCCACCUGGAAUACAGGGUCCCGAGCACCCAAACCCAGGACAGCCGUACUCGUGCAGAGGAUUCCCACGAUUCUGUUUCCUUCCCGACAACGAGAAAGGCAGAAAGGUGCUGGAGCUGCUGAAAGUGGCCUGGACCCGUCGUCUCAUCUUCACCGUGGGCACCUCCAGUACCACGGGAGAACCGGAUACUGUGAUAUGGAACGAGAUCCACCACAAGACGGAGAUGAUGUCUAACGUCUCCGGCCACGGAUAUCCUGACCCCAACUACCUGGACAAUGUGCUGUCAGAACUGGCGUCGCAGGGCGUGACGGAGGACUGUCUGAAACGAGACGCUCAGAGUCAGGGAGCUCAAGGUUCGGGGAUGUGAACGCACUUUGUGACACGUCUUUGUAGAUGUAAUAAAACUUGAUGAAAAGGUUCA